AUGCCUCCGCUACCAGGCGAGGAGCGAGUGCUGACCAUCUUCGCCGAUAUCCAUUAUUACUUCACGGCACCGACCCCAAAGCCCCUCCUCCAUCGCUUUGACAAGGGCUCGUAUCUAUAUCUAUACCACAAUGCCACCCAGCGGAAGACAAGGCUUGAAGUAGCGAAUAAUCCUGGGACUCCUGGUCAGGAUGCCUUCAACGGGGCUCUUGACAAUGUGCAUAUAAGCCAUUCUACGAGAUUUCCUUCUCUAUGCACAAUUACUGUGGACGGGCAGACGCAAACACAGGGAGGUUAUGCCUUUCCUCCGCCACCAGGCAGCGCGAAUCCGUAUGAAUGGCAGUUGCCGACCAGCGAUUCCCGCGGCGAGAAUGCAAUUCAGCGUCUGCAUACUCUAGACAUCUAUUUCUGGACCCAAGGUGAUGCAGACCAAUUCCUGGACCUGACCGAGCAAUACCUGUCUCGCGCGCAGGUAGAUACGGAUAGACGUCCAUUCCCCCCUCCAUCCGAAGUCAACACCACAAGCACCAUCGUACAACAAUUAGAGAACGUGGCGAUCACGGACCCUGCCUACCAGAAUGGUCAAACCCGGAAUUCCCAGUCAGAAGCAAUCGCCAGCCCUGCGCCCAUCGGCCUCCCUCCGCCGCCGCCACCUCCGCAAGCCGGCCCAAGCGCAAACCCAGCAGCAUUGCAUCAACAUACCUCGUCCGUCAGCCCUCUCUCAGCUGAGCAGAAUAGAGACUCUGCCCAAUUCACCCCUCUCCCAUACAACCCUGCUGCGCCCGCUGCGCCGGAACCGAUCAAACAUCGCGAGAAGACACCACCGCCUCCCGAUGCCGGAGAAGGGACUGGCCUUGCAGCUGCCGUAGCAGCAGACCACGGCGCCCAUUAUACUAACCCUUCCCAGACACCUGGAAUAGGAGGAAGCUACGCAGGACCUCCCCAACAGGGCCAGAGCCAGGCAACACCAACUCCAUACGGCCUCCCAGGAGCGUACGCCUCCCCACCACUCAGCGCAGGCCUCUCCUUCCCACCCCAGCACCAAGCACCUAUCCAAAGCCCACCCGUCACCGUACCCUCCUACCCCUCCCAAACAUCAGUUCAAAGCCCACCAGCAUCAACAGUCCCUUCCUACCCACCCGGCUACCUCCAAGGCUACGCCCAGCCGCAGCAAGCCCAAGCCCAACAACAACAACCCAGCUUCUACGGCACGCAAGUCCCCUCGAUAGGCGGGUACUCCAACUAUUCCUACGACCAAACCCAGUCUCAACCGCAUCAUCACCACCAUCACCACCAUCAGUCAACACCCAGCAUCACAUCAUCCGCGAGCGUCGGUGCCGGCACGCCAGGCUCCGAAUACUCCAUCCACAAUCAGAUGUACCGUCCCACUGAAGCAGAGGCCUCCUCGCAUCUGCAGGACCACGCCAAGCUGGCGAUGCAGAAUCCCGGCCAGCGGCCUAGGAAGCUGGAAGAUUCGGCCUCUAGGGUUGAGAGCAGCGUGAAUCGGUUCUUGAAGAAAUUGGAGAAGAAGCUUUGA